AUGUCCUUCGUUGAUCCAUCUGCACAAACUUUUGCCUCUUUGUUCGACCUCGUCAAGUCGGAGCGAAAUCAGUAUGCGAUUGAACCCAAGCAUCAACCAUCGAAAUCUCAAGUUCAAUGUUUUGGACGUAACUGUGCGCUUUUGAAAGAACAACCUGACCCUGCCACCAAAGGUCGUACUUCUAGAGAACGGGAUGAAAAAGCGCGGGCUAACGUUCGGGAAAUGAUCAAAAGGUUUCCGUCCGAUCUUUUGGUUCUGUCCCUGCUCAAAAUUCCCAAGACGAAGUUAUCCAACCUUCAAGAUAAAUGGAUUGGUAAAAUUAUGGAGUGGUGGGCUGGUGAAGAUAAACCAGAAAACCUGAGCAAAGUUGCGUUGGCCCUGUGUCAACAUUUCAAACUUAUAUAUCGCAGACAAGAGGAAGGCAACUCGGGUGUACCCUCAGAUCAACCGAUUCAAACAAUCGUCUCACUUGAACGAGACGAAUUCCUACACAUCCUCGAUUCUUGUGAAACAACUUCUGAGGUGGACACACUUGAUCAGAGUGUGGACUACGAUAUCCGCGCUCUAGCUCCAAUUCUUCGACGAGCAGGCAACUCCCCCAAUGUGAAGAUGAUUUGUCCUUGGUAUGGUGGACCCAGCGUGGAGGUCACUUUAAAAAUCGAUGUGUCUUUGGCUUUUGGCGAACGGCUUGUGCGCUAUAGAGUCGCUCAUGCACCGGGGCAGACUGGUCUGAAAAACCAAACCGAUGGUUUCCCAUAG